ACACACACCAGACAAUAUUAACCGCUACCGGUUUUUAUUAAUUUUUCACAACUUUCGCUAUGUUAAACUGAUUAAAUUGUACGAUAAACGCGUCGCUAAAAUUUUACCUUCGUCGUCUAAAAUGCGAACCUAAUUAAUGAGCACUUUGUGUGUGAGAGAGAGUGCUGCCAACUCGUUGCACACGAAAAACGCAAUGGCGGCAAGGUCAUAAACUGAUUAAAAACUAUCACAAAUCUGCACUCCUUUGUUGACUAGCCACAGAUUAAAAUAAAGCUCGAUUUAUCAGAAGUUUUUCUAUUGAAAUCAAGCAGAUGCAGCAGCACAAAAGGGAAGCGCAAAAGUACAACACUACCAAAAGGGAAAGGCAGAAAAAUGGUGAUUAAUAUUCUCCUAAACAAUAAACAGUUAAUUGUUUUAGACAAUGAAAUCAACUAUAAUGAUAUAUGCACGAAAAUCGAAGAGUCCACGCACUUGCAACGCGACGAUUACUAUCUCGUGAGCAAUGGCAAACGUUUGACUGGCGACUCGACGACUCAACAUGAGAGCAUCCACUGCAUCCUCCGCCAGGUGGGCGGCAAGGGUGGCUUCGGCUCCAUGCUGCGUGCGAUUGGAGCACAGAUUGAAAAAACCACAAACCGCGAGGCAUGUCGCGAUCUGAGUGGACGUCGUCUGCGCGACAUCAACGAGGAGAAGCGCGUCCGGGCCUGGCUGGGCAAGCAGGCGGAGCGUGAGCGCGAGCGGGAGGAGCGAAAGAAGCGCAAGAUUGAGAAACUUCUGGCCGUGCCCAAGCACGACUUCAAAGACGAAAAGUACGAGGAGGCCAGGGCCAAUCUGACGGAUAAGGUGAGCGACGCCUUCGAGGAGGGUCUCAAGCAGGCCGAGGAAGUCAAAGAAAAGCAGGCAGCAGCCACGGAACUGCCCUCCGUCAGUGGUGUGAAGAGAAAAGCUCCAGUCGACGACAAGACCAAGGCCAAAAAGAAUAAAAAGGGAGCACUCUGGAUUGGUGAUGAUAUCUCGGGCACCGACUCGGAUGACAGCGAAGAGGAGCAGUCAGAGACAAAUAAGAAAAAAGCGAUUAAAAGUUGAAAGAUUUAAGUUUAAUAUUAAGCACUAAGAGGAAUAAGAGCAUAAAUAAAAAGAUGAUUAAAGGACAAA